GGGGCUCUUUUAAAUGGUCAGAUGUGAUUUGUCAUUAGUCCUGCCUUUGUUCUCUGAUUCUAUUUUGACCUACAUGCAUAUCUAUAUAUAUAUAUAUAUUUAUAUAUUUCUUUUUCCAUUUGGUCCACAUGCAUGCUCUAGAGAAGAGGCAUCUUCCUUUGGAAGAUGAAGUGGAAAUUGUUAGUGCAAUUAGUGCAAUUCUUGGGUCUGUUUCCAACAGGGAGCUACAGAAUGCUUUAUUGACUAGGUUGCUAUCUUCUAGCUAUGAAGCUGUCAAAAAACUUAUUGAUGAUGACAACCAUUCUCUGAGACAAAAUCCAGCUCUAUAUACCCAAGUUUUGAACUCUGCAACAAGAGGGCUUCACAGGAUGGGAAUUGUAUUCAGUCAUCUUAUAUCACCUUUGCCAAGUGAGCCCUCCAGUGAUGAUCCUAUUCUUGGACUACUUAGGAUUUUUUGGCCUAUGUUGGAAAAACUCUUUAGGUCAGAACACAUGGAAAAUGGUAGUUUAUCCGCUGCUGCUUGCCGGGCCCUUUCACUAGCAAUUCAGUCCUCUGGCCAACAAUGUAUGGUGCUACUUCCCAAAAUACUUGAUUGGCUAUCAUCAAACUUUUUGUCCUUUCAAAGUCAUGAUUGCUAUGUCAGAACAGCAUCUGUGGUUAUUGAAGAGUUUGGCCAUAAGGAAGAGUAUGCUCCUUUGUUUAUCACCACUUUUGAACGAUUUACACAAGCGUCAUCAGUAAUGGGUCUUAAUUCUUCGUAUAUAUGUGAUCAAGAGCCUGACCUAGUGGAGGCCUACACAAAUUUUGCAUCAAUCUUUGUUCGUGGUACCCGUAAGGAAGUAUUGGCUGCAUCAGGUGCCAUUCUUGAAAUUUCCUUUCAAAAGGCAGCAAUAUGGUGCACUGCUAUGCAUCGUGGUGCAGCACUUGCAGCUAUGUCAUAUUUGUCUUGUUUUCUGGAGAUAGGCUUGUCUUCUUUAUUGGAAUCCGAAGGAUCAUUCAGUACAAUAGCCAUUCACGUCAUCUCUCACAGUGGGGAGGGACUUGUAUCAAAUAUAGUCUAUGCUUUACUUGGUGUUUCUGCAAUGUCACGGGUUCACAAAUGUGCAACGAUCUUGCAACAAUUGGCUGCAAUUUGUAGCUUGAGUGAGAGAACAAUCUGGAAGGCCAUUCUUGGUUGGGAAUCUUUGCAUGCUUGGUUACUUGCAGCGGUGCAGGCUCUUCCAGUUGAGUAUCUCAGGCAAGGAGAGGUAGAAACUUUGGUGCCCAUUUGGUUAAAUGCCCUUGGUGGUGCAGCCUCAGAUUAUCUGGAGAGCAAGAGCUGCAAUGGAGUAAAGAGUGAUUAUGGGCAUAUGCAAGGGAAGGGUGGGAGAGUUUUGAAACGUUUAAUCCGAGAGUUUGCUGAUGGUCAUCGCAACAUCCCAAAUUUAACUUGAUUGCUUACUGUAUAUAUUGUAACUUACAGUGAUUCUGCCUGCGGCUUCAUUCUCUACCUAGCUUAAAGCAUCCCUUGCAAAAUGAUGGCUUGUUUUCAUUCUUGCUUAUUGCUGGGAGCAUUGAGCUGGAGAGUGUGCUUGCUAUCUCCCAAGUGUAACAGUCUCUUGUACAGCAUGGUACCCUCCCCAUUCCUCCAGAAUCAAAGUAGGAUAUUCAUUUUUGCGCAAGCCUUACAAUAUGGUAAAACUUAAUUUUGAGAUUAAUACAAAAGUAAUUGUUGA